AGACAAACCAGCUUCAUCACCUCUAUCACCGCACCAUCUCCAUUUACUUUUGUCUCAUCUGGUUUUUGCUCAGUAUAUUAUCGCAAUAUACAAGUGCUUAUUGUGAUCUAUACAAGUUUGAAGUGUCGGGUCGUUGAUUCCUAGAGCUCCUAUCAUGGGUAAUCAACAAUCCAAUAUCGGGGGCGGUGGCCCAGGAGGAGAUGGAAACGAUGACAAGAGCAAGAAGGAUAAGCCUAAGUACGAACCACCACCACAACCCACCACUCGCCUCGGUCGCAAGAAGAGAAAGGCAGCUGGUCCAAAUGCCGCCGCCAAACUUCCCACUAUUCUUCCCACGGCACGAUGUAAAUUGCGAUAUUUGAGGAUGCAACGAAUCCACGAUCAUCUGUUACUUGAGGAGGAGUAUGUCGAGAACCAGGAGCGUAUCCGAAAGGCGAAAGCACAGGCUACCACCCAACCUUCAGCAACUGGAGAUCUCGAUGCUUUGGAUCGAAAUGCUGAUGAAAGAGGUCGGGUGGAUGACAUGCGAGGGAGUCCAAUGGGUGUUGGAAAUCUGGAGGAAAUGAUUGAUGACGACCACGCCAUCGUAUCCAGUGCCACUGGUCCUGAGUACUACGUUUCUAUCAUGUCUUUUGUCGACAAAGAUUUGUUGGAGCCUGGUGCUAGUAUUCUUUUACAUCACAAGUCGGUGUCAGUGGUUGGUGUGUUGACAGACGACACGGAUCCAUUGGUGUCCGUCAUGAAGCUAGACAAAGCGCCGACAGAGUCUUAUGCGGAUAUCGGUGGUCUCGAGUCUCAGAUUCAAGAGGUUCGGGAAGCCGUCGAGUUGCCGUUGUUACACCCGGAACUUUACGAAGAAAUGGGUAUCAAGCCCCCCAAAGGUGUUAUUCUGUACGGUAGCCCGGGUACUGGAAAGACGCUUUUGGCGAAGGCCGUGGCAAACCAGACCAGCGCUACUUUCCUGCGUAUCGUUGGUAGUGAAUUGAUCCAGAAAUAUCUGGGUGACGGCCCUCGACUCGUACGACAGAUUUUCCAGGUGGCAGCAGAGCAUGCUCCAUCUAUUGUUUUUAUUGACGAGAUCGACGCCAUCGGCACAAAGCGAUACGACUCUACCUCUGGUGGUGAACGAGAAAUUCAGAGAACAAUGUUGGAACUGUUGAACCAGCUUGAUGGAUUCGACGACCGGGGAGAUGUUAAGGUGAUUAUGGCAACCAACAAGAUUGAAAGCUUGGAUCCGGCCUUGAUUCGCCCAGGUCGUAUCGACCGCAAGAUUUUGUUCGAAAAUCCUGACCAAAACACCAAACGCAAAAUCUUCCUCCUCCACACCGGCAAAAUGUCUCUCAGCGACGACGUCGAUCUGGAAGAAUUCAUCAGCCAAAAGGACGAUCUCUCCGGUGCCGAUAUUAAAGCCAUCUGCUCCGAAGCCGGUCUCAUGGCUCUUCGCGAGCGUCGUAUGAGGGUUCAAAUGGAGGAUUUCAGAACUGCGCGUGAACGUGUCCUCAAAACCAAGAAUGAGAGUGAGCCGGAGGGAUUGUACUUGUAAAUACUUUCUUCCUCUUGAAACUGUAGGCAGCCGCAAUAUUUCAUUCGUGUAACUCUAUGACAAACUAGACAUGAUCACCUUGACUUAUAACCUCGAACCUUUAAUAUAUCUCAAUU